AUGAAUCUUGUAAGAUUUAUGAACAACAGAGCUCCAUCUAACAAAAGAUACCAGCCCACUGAGUACGAGCAUGCUGCUAACUGUGCCACACAUGCGCUCUGGAUCAUUCCCAGUAUUCUUGGUGGAGUGUUGCUGUACUUCCUGUCUGAUAACCAAUGGGAAGAAGUAUCGGCAUGGCUCUAUGGGGCGGGGCUUUCGAGCCUCUUUAUCAUAUCCACAGUUUUCCACACCAUUGCCUGGAAGAAGAGUCAUCUACGGUCAGUUGAGCAGUGUUUCCACAUGUGUGAUAGGAUGGUAAUCUACUUCUUCAUUGCUGCAUCCUAUGCACCAUGGCUGAUUUUGCGUGAGCUGGGUCCCUGGGCCGCUCAUAUGCGCUGGGUAGUCUGGGUCAUGGCUUCAUGUGGAACCACAUAUGUUUUCUUCUUCCAUGAGAGAUAUAAGAUGGUGGAGUUGGUCUGUUACACAGUAAUGGGACUUUUUCCCGCCCUAGUCAUCCUCUCAAUGACGGACAGGUCAGGUUUAUAUGAAUUGCUGGUCGGAGGCGUGUUUUACAUGCUUGGAAUGAUUUUCUUCAAGAGUGACGGGAUCGUUCCGUUUGCUCAUGCUAUCUGGCAUCUGUUUGUUGCCGUGGGAGCAGGCGUCCAUUACUACGCCAUUUGGAAGUACCUGUAUUCACCUGACAAUCAACAGACCAGUACUGCCCGGUGA